ACUGUCAUGGCGGCGGUGGAGAGUUGGAGCUGGUUUCCAGCGUUAGCACUGGGAGUUUCUUUCCUCAAAUGUCUGUUUAUCAGUGCAUAUCACUCCACAGACUUCGAGGUGCACAGGAACUGGUUGGCGAUCACACACAGUCUGCCAGUGUCCAGGUGGUACCAUGAGAACACGUCGGAGUGGACUCUGGACUACCCUCCGCUGUUCGCCUGGUUCGAGCUCGGUCUGUCUCACGUUGCUCAGCACUUUGACAGAAACAUGCUGCAGGUGGAGAAUCUGAACUACGCCAGCCCGGCUACCGUCCUCUUCCAGAGGCUGUCGGUCAUCUUCACUGACGUGGUUUUUAUCUACGCUGCCAGAGAGUGCUGCAGGUGUGUUCAGAAGCAGAAAAGUUCUCGGGACGUUUUGAAUCGCCCGUCCUUCAUCCUGGCUGUCCUGCUGCUCUGGAACUUCGGCCUCCUCAUCGUCGAUCACAUUCACUUCCAGUAUAACGGCUUCCUGUUUGGCUUCCUGCUGCUGUCGGUGGCUAAACACCUGCAGUCCCGUCACCUGCAGGGGGCGCUGCUGUUCUCCGUCCUGCUCAACCUGAAGCACAUCUACCUGUACGUGGCUCCGGCCUACGGCAUCUACCUGCUGAGGAGUUACUGCUUCACCCAGGACGACAAAGACGGCUCCAUCAGGUGGAGGAGUUUCAGUCUGCUCCGUCUGCUGGCUCUGGGCAGCAUCGUGACCUCUGUCUGCGCUCUGUCCUUCGGCCCCUUCAUCGCCAUGGGUCAGCUCCCUCAGGUCCUGUCCCGUCUCUUCCCCUUUAAGAGGGGCCUCUGUCAUGCCUACUGGGCCCCAAACAUCUGGGCCCUCUACAACAUGCUGGACAAAAGCCUGGCGAUACUCGGAGUUCGUCUGAAGCUGCUGGAGGAGGCGGAGCUCCCUCGAGCCUCCAUGACGGGCGGGUUGGUUCAGGAGUUUCAGCACUCGGUCCUCCCCUCCGUCACUCCCUCCGUCACACUCGUCUGCACUCUGAUCUCCAUCCUGCCGGCGGUGGCGUCCAUCUGGUGGCGUCCUCGUGGUGCUCGGGGUUUCCUGCGCUGCCUGCUUCUCUGCGCUCUCGGCUCCUUCAUGUUCGGCUGGCACGUCCAUGAGAAAGCCAUCCUCAUCGCCAUCCUGCCGCUCAGCAUCCUGGCAGUUGAGAGCAGAGAGGAUGCUGGUAUUUUCCUGGUUCUGGCCACCACAGGUCAUUACUCAUUGUUUCCGCUGAUCUUCACCCCCGCAGAGCUGCCCAUCAAAGUGUGUCUGAUGCUGAUGUUCACCAUCUACUCUGUCACCGCUCUGAGGAAACUUCACAGCGGUCAGGGGUCUCUGCUCCAUCCUCUGGAGUCCAUCUACCUGCUGGGACUGGUCGCCGUGGCGGUCGCCUGCGAGGUCGUCUUCCCUCUGUCACCAUGGCAACAGAAGCUGCCCUUCCUCCCGCUGCUGGCGACCUCGGUGUACUGCUCCGUGGGCGUCUGUUACUCCUUCCUGCGUCUGUACAUCAGUCUGCUGAGGGGGCAGAAGGAGGAGAAGCCCAAACAGCUGUGAGACGGCGUCUUGCGCCCGAGAGGUCGCAGGUUAGACCCCCCAGAACACACCUACACCCUGACGAGGCACUCAGACGCUGACUGACCAAUCAGGAGACAGAGACUCAUGUUUCCAAAAACUCUGUUGGUGAUGUGCUCUGAGACUCCGCCUCCAUUUCAGUUCUUCUUCUUCUUCUUUUUAUUGUGGAGUACUGACCAAACACAGACCACAUGACGUCACAUCCAGAUGUUUACAGCAGCUGCACUGUUACAGCACCGACUGUAAAUACACAUUUUUGAUGCCAGGAGCUAUGCAGGACAAAAAAUGACUCAAGUAUCAACAAAUAAAUAAAUAAAUAAAUAAAUACAGGAAUAAAUAAAUAAUAUAUAAUAAAUAAGUAAAUAAAUAAAAGAAUAAAUGUCUAAAAAAUGUUGAAGUAAAAAUGGAUAUUAAAAGAUAAAUGCAUGAAUAAAUAAAGUUUGAUAAUUAAACAUGACGUGUAAAUAAAUAUCAAAUUUAUUUCAAUGUUUUUGUACAACUGCAUUUAUUCAUUUAUUCAUUCAUUCCUGUAUUAAACAUUUAUUUAAUUUUUCAUUUAUUGAUACUUGUGUCAUAUUUCUUCCUCCUCACAUUCAGCGAGCACUUCUACGUGAUUCCACUGAUCAGUUUUUUGUGUUUCUAAUAUAAUCAAUGGAGAACCCAGCUGAGCUGCUGAUCAAUACAAGACAAAAACAAAUAAUCUUCAACCAGAGUUCAGUGACGCUCAGAUCCAAAAUUCUGGAACUGAAAGUGUGAGUUUAUGGAGGCGGCAGAUUGUGCUGCACGGUACGAGGAAAAUGUGACAACAUUGAACACUGCAAUAACGAUAUUAGGAUAAAUAAACAGAUACAUAUUUAUUGAACAACUUGAACACUGAAAUAAACAAUACCCAAAAAAACACAGUUAAAUUAUAAAGUGCAGUUUCCUGCUGAUACUGUCCUUCAACUAACUCCAAAAAUCUCCUAAGUAGAUUAUCUACAGCUGAAAUAAUUUUUAUUGAUAGAAAAAUAUUUUAGUUUUGUGGAAACCUGUUGAACGGGAGCUGGAGAAAGGAACUUGGAUCCACGGUCUGAAAAUUUAAGAGACUCAAUACAUCAGGAUCCAGCGUUCGGUCCCCGAGUCGUAUCAACAACAAGAACGUGUGUUUCUGUGGCUGCGAUUCACCUGAAGCCUUCAGACCAGGAGUGACGAACCACUUCCUGUUUUUAAUAAAUAAAACACCACGUGGACCAAAGCACAGCUGAAAGACAUUUAUGUUUGUUUAUUUUGAAAUAAAAACAAAUUUAAUUUA